AAGACCAAGGCCAGUGCAGGUUGGAUACCUCUACAUCUGGCCUGCUACUUUGGACACAAAGAUGUUGUGGAGGUGUUACUCAAGGUGAGAAUACAGACUUACUUAUCAAUUAUUGAUGUAUUACACAUCACUUUACCUAUACAGUACUUGGUUGUAUUCAAAUUCAUGUUUAAGCCUCGUGUGUGUUGUUAGGAUGGUGCUGAUGUGAAUUUGCAGAAUAACAUGGGGGACAAGCCUCUACACAAAGCUGCCUUCACAGGAAGAAAGGUAAACAUUUCAUCAUGCCAUAUGCUUUUUCCAGUACUUUCACAUGUGUGUACAAGAUCAUGUGUUCAGGUGUUGUUGUAUGCACAGCUACUUAGUAGUGUAGUUCUGUUGCUGUUGCGAUACGAUGCCUGUGCCGCUAUCAUCAACGGGACAGCCCAGGUCCCUAAAUCUGUCUAUGAGGAUGAUGAGACCAUCACCAUGCUGGAGGGUAGGUUGUGUCAUUGAUGGUCUCUCUUCGUCCCUGCACUGGGUUGUGUUCAGUAGGUGGAAAACGUUUUGAAAUGGCAUGGUAUUUCCUGAACUUGUCCAAUAAGAACACACAUUUUCAGUGGGUCGAGUGAUAUUUUAAACAGAAUGAAAUGGGGAGAUACUAUCUGAACUUGUCCAAUAAGAACACAUAUUUUCCUUUCCCCUUGCAUAACAUUUUGCUACAGUUUGCCCUACUGAACCCAACCCUAGUUUACAAACCCUAUAUAAUUUGUACACAGCUGCAGAGAUAAGCGCGGAGAGGAGGCAGGAGGAGAAGCUUCUGGAGGCGGACAGAGAGGGAUACAUCUUCAGCCUGUCUCAGCUGUUCAGCAUCUGAUCAUCCCUGACCCUCCACUGAACCUCUCAACCUCAGGGUGGAGUAGAGUAGUAGCCUGGGUUUGGGCUGACAGCCCAAAUGUUCUUCUUGAUGAUUAACACUGUAUGUCAUGUUACAUUUCAUCUUACAUUGUCAUCAGCUUGGUUAAUGACUUUGCAAUUGAAGAGGUCAACCUAGUCCUUCCAUAGAGGAUGCAAGAUUCUGCCACAAAAACUUGUUUGGUUCUAUACAAAUUUAGUUUGCACAUUUAUCAAUUGCUUGCAUGCGGAGUUAACUUACAUGUGUCAUGCAUGUUAAGUGAAUGUAUAGACACCAUGUGCGUAAUUCAUUCAUUCACUUUUGUUGUCUUACCUUUCUCAGCUCAGCAAGAAGCGGCCUCCAGACAUCCACUGUAGAGACCGGCAGGGGAACACGCCAUUACACUGUGCUGCCUACAGGGGGCAGAAGCAGCGUGUCGGAAAGAUGCUCAAGUCGAGCCAGCCCCAGGAUCAAGAACUAGCGCUAUGUAGCAACUGAUAUGUCCACUGAGGAAAUGAAGCACAUUAUUUUUAUAACCAUGAUACACCUUUUUAAUAAAUAUUAAAUAGGCUUGUGACUUGCAUGUUUGCAUGGAUAUUACUUUACGAAGAGCCUGGAUGCAGUUUCAAGUCACUUGCAUUUCAUAAUGUGUAAAACAGAGGUAUAGAUUUAGCCUAACAUUUACAAAACAAAAUCUACUUAGUUGGUGUCUAUGAUCGAGUCCCAAAUGACACCCUGUUCCCUACAUAGUGCACUACUUUUUUUUUACCAGAGCCCUAUUCUCCCUGGUCAAAUGUAGUGCACUAGAAUAGGGUGCCAUUUGGGAUGCAGAGUAUGUGGUGUAUUCACUGCUUACCUCCCUGUCAGCUAGCAGGAGGUCAUUAAUAACUGAUUGAUAAAUGGCUAUGUUCUGUUUUAGACCAAACUGUUUUUGACCUGGCCUGCAGUGAGGAGAUUAAGCAGAUUCUGGUGGGCAGUCAUGACAAGGUGAGGUACGAGAAGAACAUUGGAGCAAAAAGCUGC